AUGUCCCUCUCCGGCUGCUGUGUCGUAAGCCGAGACUUCGAGGACAAGUCGGAUGUGGACACAGCAGCUGGGCUCUUAUCCAACUUCCAAUCGAAGCAUGCGAGUCUUGCGAAGUUGGUCCAUGAGGAAGAAGAGAUGCUUUUGACGUUGUCCUUCUAUUUGGAGCGCGUACGAUUUGAUACUCUUCGACAGUCGAGCCGAUCUUCUCCAGAGAAGGCUGAAGGGACAACAUCGCCCACGGAGCAGAGAGAGGUGCAGUUUUCAAAAAGGCUGAGUGAAUGUCAGGAAAUUGGAAGUCGCCCUCCUGCUGGUGAGGGCAUUGAGUGGAGUGAAAGGCCGACUAGAUCGCGGCCAAUUCCCGCGCCUCUUUACCUCUCAAACGUGCCACCCUCACCAAUCAAAAGUCGCUCUCGCAGUCGAGCAGGCUCUUCAAAGGGCAGUCGCCCAGCCAAGUUUCCCUCAGAGGGUGUCAACAACAUGUACUCGAUCAAUGGCAUUGGUGACUUCCCAACAGACAUGCGGAACUCCUUCGUAGAUAUUGUGAAGUCUUUUCACUCGACAAUACAGAAUCAGACUCUUUGUGGCAGAUGGCUUGCUCCUUGCUUUCUUUGCAUGUCUCACGUUCUGGACAAGCUCUAUUCUUUCAGAGAGCCGGAACGAACCAGCUGCCUAGCCCGGCUCGUGAAAAGCCAGUUCUUCAGCAUGCUAUCGACCAUUGUCAUUUUGGCCAAUGCAGCCUUCAUCUUCUUUGCAACCGAUUAUGAAAUGCAACACCUCAAUGAGCCGACACCCCAAGCCAUCAGGAUUGGAGAUUUGGUGCUGGCCUCUUUCUAUGUCAUAGAAGUAUUCUUGAAACUACUAGUGCACAGGGCCUACUUCUUUUGGAAUGUCGAUUUUGGGUGGAACUGGUUUGACUUCUUCCUGGUCAUUGUCUCUGUCGUAGAGAACCUGCUGGCUUAUGAUUUGUCACCAAGUGAAGCGGCUUCUGAUCCGGUAAAUCUGGGCUUCCUGCGCUUGCUCCGCUUGUGCAAGAUUGUCAAGAUCCUGCGCAUCUUCCGCACUUUGCGGUUUUUCAGCGACUUGCGCCUCAUGCUGGAUUGCGUGCUUGGAUCCCUCAUGAAUGUCAUGUGGUGUAUUAUAAUGCUGGUUUUCGUUAUGUACGUCUUUGCGCUCUUCGUCCAACAAUCCCUUGUGGGCUUCCUCCAAGAGGAAGCUGCAAAACCAUCGGACAAAGAUACCACACUGAUCUUCCACUACUUUGGCUCGGUGGAAUACACACUCUUGACUCUUUUUCAAUCAAUCACUUCUGGUGUUGACUGGAAGGACCCCUAUGAUGUUCUUGAAGUGUCAGGGCUACUGCAAGUGACCUACGUUGCCUAUGUGGCCUUUGUUUUCAUCUCCGUUUGGAACAUUGUCACGAGUACAUUUGUGGAGAAGGCUUUGAAGCUGGCUCAGCCUGAUAUUGAUCUACUUGUGGUGGAGCAGCAACUGCGUGAUUUUGAAGAUACGCAGAUGUUGGCGCAGCUCUUUGGAGAUAUGUUGCAGACAGAUGAAGAGGGUGAGCAUAAAGUGGGGCUCAAAGAAUUUCAAACGCUCUUGGAAACCUAUCAGUUCAGGUCAUACCUUCAGACCAGGGGUAUUGACAUCAAGAACGCAGAGACUUUCUUCAAAAUGCUGGUGGAGCUGCAGGGAGAGCCGACCAUUGAUGCCAUCACUUUUGCAAAUGCAUGUGUCCGGAUGAAAGGAGCUGCCACGAGCAUCGACUUGCAGACGGUCAUGUUUACCACCCACUUGAUGAACAAAGAGCAGAGACGUGCCUUUCAGUUUAUGUACAGUCGCUUGCAGAAAAUCGAGUCUCUCCUCAAUGGUGGUGGUGAAUGGUCUGAAUCCGUGACGUCACCCAAGGCUGUGUCGCGGAACUUCAGUGGCAAGAGUAUUUUAUCGCCGACAAGGCAAGAAUUCGAAGGACAGAAUGGCAGGAGUCUGUCUCCGAGUACUUUUUGA